AUGCCCAAAGCGGGUCCAUCUUCCAAAGACGUGCAAUCCGAUGUCCUCCAAAUGGAAUGCUCAAUUCCAGUGGGUUCCCCUCGUUUGGGGUCUGGGGUGGCUCCAGUCUCUUCGCAAGAACCCCAAAUCCCACCUAAACGUUCGUCCCGCCUUCUGGCCAAAAUUCCUAAGAACCCGGCCCAAGCCUAUCCGCAAAGUUCGGCUUCCUCUUCUGAGGAGGAUGACAAUCCGGAGAGUGAGUUUACGCCCGCCCAACUCCGCGCCAUCUCCACCAUGAUCGAGGACCGCGCUCGUCGUUUGGCCAAAGAAAGAGAUGGCAGCCUUUCCUCCGGUCCUGCUGACCCGCCCCCGCGAGGAGGAUGCCUGCCCGGCCAAGACGUUCCACUACCCUCCCAUGACCUCCCUCGUCCUCUGUUGGGGGCGGCUGGCCUCUCAUUGUUUCAAGAUCGGGCCCCUUCAUUUAAUGGUCCUUCCGACGAGUCGUCAGACUCCUGUGGCGAGGGUGAUCCGCUCUCGGAUGGGUCACGGUCGUCGGAAGACGUGCCGUUUCCAAGAAAAAAGAAGAGCAAGACUGAAGACACGCCUUCUCCCUCGGCGUAUUGGGUUGGCAGAGGAAGGAAGCCACCCGGAGUUGGCCAACUCUCUGGCAGUCGCCAGAAAUUUUCUGAUUUGCAAUCCAAAGCCAUCACUGAAUGUGCCAGAGUGGAUGAACGGUGUAAAGGGAAAGUCCCCACCGCCCGUUACGCGAAAUCGCAUCUGCUGUUGGGAUUUCAACUCAGAGAGGUCAAAAGGAUUUGGCAUGAGCUUGGCGAAACCUGUGAGGCACUGACGGUUUGUGGAUCUGGGUCGAAGCAAAAGGAACUUCUUGUUUGUGAAGGCACUCUAUUUCGCCAUCUGGGUGCCUCUCUCCAAGUUGGAGUGGACACCACUCGACACGAACUCGCAAUGGCCGACAUUUAUGACGAGCUUGGGGCUGUUGUCGUUGAUGCCAUUGAAGGUGGGACAUUUCGGGACCCUCGGUACGCACAACGGGCAAAAUAUGUGGUUCAACAAUUGAAACGGGCUAAGGUUGAUGAAGCAGUGCUGAAAGGUCGGUUGCCUAUUGCCCCUCUUGGCCAGGUCAGGCGUCUUUCCGGGAGAGUACCUUAUCGUGGGAUCAAAUCCCGUGGAAAGGCCAUUACUUCAGGAGGCCUUGGCGGGCGUCCUUUAGAUCCGCCCCGUUGCUAUACUUGUAACUCGCCCCUACAUAUGGCAAACAAUUGUCCAAGGAAGAAAGACGUUAAAUAA